AUGGUACUGAGGAGUAUUUGGUCUUGCUACUUCCGACGAUGCUUUCUUCGCGGUCCGUCCUUUUUAAGCCUCACUGAUAUCCAUCCAAGCAACAUAUUUGUUGACGAUGAGUGGAACAUCAAAUACUUCAUCGAUUUGGAAUGGGCCUGCUCUCGGCCCGUGGAGCUGAUUCACCCUCCAUAUUGGUUAAAUAAUCAAGGCGUCGACUCCAUCAGCCUGGGGGACUACAAGACCCUUCAUGCGGAAUUCACGGAGGCGUUGGCAGAGGAAGAAUUGAAGCGUUCAACAACGUCAUUGCCGUUAUUGUAUCCUAUUUUGCAACAGGGCUGGGAAACAGGAACGUUUUGGUGGUCCCUCGCUCUGAAUAGACCUACAGUGCUGUUCAGGAUUUUCUCUGACCAUAUCCAGCCAAGGUUUUCGAAAGCCCAUACUAACGGCCAAUUAUUUUGGGUCUACACUAUGCCUUACUGGACGUUCAAUGCGUUUGAUUUUAUUCAGUGA